CCGAAUAUCUACUUACCCCACCUCAGCAAAACGUCUCUUGCUCAACUUGCAAGCCUAGUUUCAUGUAAAAGACCAAGAGGAAUACAACACCGUGACUAUUUGCGAUGGAACCAGAAACUCCCGACGACGAAUUCGACCGCAAACGCACCUCUGAAUUCUACGAGCCCUUCGUCGUCGACCCAGUAAAAGAACACAAACAAACCUUCAUCAUCCUCCACGGACGAGGCGGAAGCGGUAAGAGCUUCGCGGCCAGCUUCCUAGACCACCCCAUCGCCCCUACCCAAGACCUGGGGCGCCUCAGUGGACUCCUCACCGUCCGAGCCUGUUUUCCCCAUGCCAAAUUCAUUUUCCCCACCGCCUGUCUCGGCAGAGCCACAUCUUACGGCCAUCUAACCCACCAAUGGUUCGACAACUGGUCGCCGCUCAUAUUUCCCGAGUACAAGGAAGAGCUAAUGAUUGAGGGACUUGCGGAGACAUCGUCUUUUGUUCACUCCCUUAUGCAGGCGGAGAUUGAUGUUGUGGGCGCUAGGAAUGUGAUUUUGAUGGGCUUGAGUCAGGGGUGCGCGGCGGCUAUCAUAUCGCUCUUGACGUGGCAGGGGGAACCGCUUGGGGCUGCUGUGGGGAUGUGUGGGUGGCUCCCCUUUCGGAAACAGAUGCUGGACAGGGGCGACGACGGAGUUCAAGAGAACGGGAAUGGCCAAGUCGGUGAUGUCGAAAAUGAGAAUGCAGUUGCUGACAACGAGCCCUCACAAGCGGAAGCAGCUAAAUUACAGCGAAUCGCAGACUGGUUAAGAAACGAACUUGGAAUCACUGGCGCUAAAUCCGCUGCUGUGCCGUUCAAGCAAUUCCCGAUGUUCCUCGGCCAUGGCGUCGACGAUGCGACGGUGUUGUGUGAAUUUGGGCGGCUGGCGGCCCAGUUUCUGAAGCAUGUGGGCGUAGAUGCGCGAUGGAAUGAGUAUACGGGGCUUGAUCAUUGGUUUUCGGGGAAUAUGCUGCGUGAUAUCGUUUUAUUCCUGGAUUCUCUGGAGGGAUGGGAGAUUAAUGGUUGAUGCCAGCUGGAGAACUUCCCUAUGUGGAUGGGAGAAAUUAGGAACGGGGAACUGAAGGGGCUGCCUUUGGGGCUGGGGAUGCGUCGGAGGAGUAAUUUUCCUCUGGGAUCACUGGGGAAAAUGAAAUAAUGAGGCAUUCGUGGUAGUGAUGGUACUUUUGAGUGCUUACGACUAUUUCCUCGGAAAGGCUCGGGGCAAUAUACUCCCCACUAUUGGAAGACGAGGACAUGGGUAUUGGUGAGGCAAAAACAUGUCAAGAGUACUAUCAAUGCUCAUGUAUUAGCCUGCAAAGCUUAAUCAAGUAGACAUGCGAUACGUAUGCACAACUGCAUCUGCUAUCACCGCAUAUCGGUGAAGAAAAUAUGAUAAUAACCUUGUUUUCCACA